AUGGAAACUGUUGGUAAUAUAAUACUUGAAGAAAAUUUAAACUCAACAUCUAUCUCUACAAUAGUUCUGGACUAUGUUGCUCACUUUUCGACAUCGCUUAGCUUUUAUCUGUUUUCAUUACUAUGGUCGCUGAUAUAUGUCUUACUAUUUAAGCUGCCCAAGGCGGUUUUUAGGAUGUUAAAUCAGAACCUACCCUUUUAUUUAUUGGUAAUAUUUGGGGCUUUAUCACCGUUGCUCACUCAUGUUUUCUUAAGGAGUCGUUUAUUUUCAGCUUAUUCUCAUCUAAAGAGGGAUCCUAACGAUGAUUUUAUAGCCAAGAGUCAGCAGAGGAUCGACGAUGAGGUGAUGUUCAUGAACCAGUCGAAUACUGAAAGAAGAUCGGGAUUUACGUCAUACCUCGAUGAGUUUUUAAGUGCUAUUAGGAUAUUUGGAUACUUGGAUAAACUGGUUUUUCAUGAGCUUACAAAAUCCAUGCGGACUCAAAGGUUGGAGGAGGGGGAAGUCAUGUUAAUAGAUGAUUCUGUGGGGUUUUCCAUUGUUGUGGAAGGGAAUUUACAAAUUUACCAUAAGGUCGCUUCUAAUGGAACUGGGCCUAUUGAUACUACUUUUCCUUCGGUGGCUGAUGAUAGAACAUGUGCUGGAGGUGACAAUGAUCUAAGGAUUAACGGCGAGCAAUUCCAGUUACUAAAUAUUGUCAAGGCAGGUAACCCAGUUUCCUCCUUGGUUAGCAUAUUGAAGCUUUUUACGGAUAACCAGUCUACAAAUGUGCCUUCUGAACAAGCACAGAGGAUUUCUGAUCUUGAAGAUCACCAGAAAGGACCAUUGAAGACUGCUAUAACUCCGUUUUUAGACUCAUCAGUGCAGCAGUACCAGUAUGAACUUGAUGUUAAGCAAGGGCGGCUAGAAACUAACCCUGUUCUCCAGCAGGCAGAGGCUGCACGUUCUCGUUCUGGGACGCCUGUCAAUUCACCUUUCCGUACUACACCAGCGGCCUCACUGUUACCAGAGCCCAGCGGCGAAGAGCCUUACGAAUCUUUGCCUGAUAUCGUUGCAUACGCCUCUACGGAUUGCACAAUAGCUGUUAUUCCUGCGAGUGCCUUUAAGAGGCUCAUGGUCAAAUAUCCUAGGUCGGCAACCCAUAUUAUUCAGAUGAUUCUCACUAAAUUAUAUCGUGUCACAUUCCAAACCGCACAUUCAUAUUUGGGUUUGACAAAGGAAAUUAUCCACACAGAAAUUGUAUUAAAUAACAGUGUCAACUUUGGACUUCCCUAUUAUCUUCAAGAGGCCAUUUUGAGAAAGAUCAAAAGGAACUCUAAGGAAUAUCAUAUAACAGAGGAUGUGCAACGCCGCCGCAGGACAAAGAGCGGGAAUGUUUCAAACCCAGCGAGCUCUACUACUAGACUGUCGAGAAAUAUUGCUCUAGAAUCAAGAGAUCAAUUUCACCCCGGAGACUUGCUUUCUAACGUUCCAUUGUCUAGGAAGGACUCCGGCAUAUCAACCUCUAAUGCAUCGUCUCUGUGUAUCUCCAGAGCAACUUCAGUUAAGGCAAGGGAUUUAUUCAGUCCGAACACUACUAUUCGCCCUGACCUUGGAUUAUUGUCAUCAUCUAUGAUGUCAUCCUCAGCUAUUUCUUUAACUGAAAAAUCUUCUAGACAUGGGUUCAACGACCACAGCAGUUCCGUUUCCUAUUCCUUCGUAGAACAGACAGAAGAAUCUGUAUGGCGGAUGGCUCUCGUUGAAAAUAUGUUUGGCUACCUAGGUAUCACAAAUGAAAACAUUAUGCCUCCUGCUGAAGAGGAAUUGCUAGCACCUCACCGCAGAUCUUCAAGUUCUUCCUUCAGCUCCUCAUACGCUUCUAUGUCUCAAGCCCACUCCCUUAACCACGGCAUGUUUAAAUGCAUUAUACCUGAAAAGGUUAAAGUUAACACGAAGACUCCCCGCACUCUGAAUGAAGAAAUGCCUUUGGAUUUAGAUUUUAAUACAGCUAAAGAAGAGUUUGCGGAUGGGUUGGAAGUAUUAUUUAUUCCUGAAGGUACUGUAGUGGUUGAACAGAAUGCCACUAGUAAGGGUUUAUAUUACAUUGUUUCUGGGGAAAUGAACGUAUGCACUACUGAUGAGCAAGAUCAAGCUAGCGGGAAACAUAUCCUAUAUACCGUUAAACCUGGUGGGAUCGCUGGUUAUUUGGCGUCAUUAAUUGGCUUUAAAUCGUUUGUUACAUUGGAAGCUAAGACUAAUCUAUACGUUGGAUUUCUACCAUUGGCAGUUUUAGAGAAGCUUUGUGAUAAAUACUUCAUGAUUUAUUUGAGGAUUGCGGAAACCUUAACAAGUAUGUUAAGUCCCAAGAUCCUGAAGUUGGAUUAUGCUUUAGAAUGGAUUCACUUAGAAGCUUCGGAAACUUUGUUCAACCAGAAUGAUCCAGCCAAUGCUAUCUACGUGGUUCUAAACGGUAGAUUAAGACAACUUCGCUCAGACGAAAAGGCUGAUACCACACGUGAAGACAAAAUGAAUUCAGGCACGAAGAAGAAACAUAAGAAAGAUGCUACUAAAAGACAUGUACAUGUCCUUGGUGAAUACUCAAAAGGUCAUAGUUUUGGCGAGGUUGAAGUUUUGACUGUCAUGAAUCGUAGCUCAACCGUUGUCGCAGUAAGAGAUACCGAACUAGCCCGUAUACCUAGGACUUUAUUUGAGGUACUAGCUUUGGAACAUCCUUCCAUUAUGAUCAGGGUUACGAGGCUUGUUGCAAAGGAAAUCUUGCAACAGAAAUCACAUAUGGCUGAACCAUCAAAUUCAGUUAAUGCUGCAAAUGGAUAUCGAUAUGAUUAUAACUUGAUGAUUCCGCCUACAGCAGGGAGUCCAAAUUGGGGCACUGACUCCUUAAAUGGAACUAUUAGUUACAAGACGAUUACAAUUUUACCUAUUACCCAAGAAAUUCCUGUGGGCGAGUUUGCAGCUAAGUUAGUUUCCUCAUUUAGGCAGGUCGGCAAGUCCACUAUCGGCUUAAACCAAAGUGCUACACUUUCUCAUUUAGGAAGACACGCCUUUGACAAGUUGGCACAUCUAAAACAGUCUGGCUUCUUUGCAACUCUUGAAGAAUUGUAUGAGGUGGUUGUUUAUAUCGCCGACACUCCUGUUAAUUCAUCAUGGACUUCAACCUGCAUCUCUCAAGGUGAUUGUAUUCUAUUAUUAGCCGAUGCCGCUGGUGAUCCAGAGAUUGGUGAAUAUGAAAGAUUACUAUUGAAAGCAAAGACUACCGCACGCACCGAAUUAUUAUUAUUGCACCCAGAGCGUUAUGUGGAACCCGGUCUCACUAACAAGUGGUUGAGAAAUAGACCUUGGGUUCAUCAGCACCAUCAUAUGCAAUUCGUUAGUUCUCAUAAUGUCUCAGAAGGAGUAGGUCCUAAGUCAGGGUCGAACUUGCUAACUCCUGCAUCCAAUUUCAUGGAAAAACUAAGACACACAGAUCGUUUCAAUAAACUAACUAAGAAAACUCAAGAAAAUUUUGUCAAGUUGUUACCUGAUUCCAUUAAAAAUACUGUGGAGACCCUUUCAAUGAAAUAUAUACAAAAAAAACAAAAAUACUAUACCCCUGUGCAUGCUCAUAAAGAUGACUUCUUAAGAUUGGCGCGAAUUCUAUCCGGUCAGGCUAUCGGUUUAGUCUUGGGCGGUGGAGGAGCAAGAGGUAUAAGUCAUUUGGGUGUUCUGAAAGCAAUUGAAGAACAUGGCAUUCCGAUCGACAUGAUCGGCGGCACAUCUUUUGGCGCUUAUGUCGGCGGUUUAUAUGCCAAAGACUACGACCUAGUCCCCAUUUAUGGUAGAGUAAAGAAGUUUGCAGGCAGAGUGAGCUCUAUAUGGAGGAUGCUAUCCGACUUAACGUGGCCGAUCACCUCGUAUACGACCGGUCAUGAAUUUAAUCGUGGGAUUUGGAAGUCCUUUGGUGAUAUCAGAAUUGAGGACUUCUGGAUCCAAUACUAUUGCAACUCUACUAAUAUCACAGAAUCAGUUCAGGAGAUCCAUAGCUCAGGUUAUGCAUGGAGAUAUAUUCGCGCAUCGAUGUCUCUAGCUGGCAUGCUUCCACCCUUAACAGAUGACGGAAACAUGCUUCUUGACGGUGGCUACCUAGAUAACCUACCGGUUUCCACAAUGAAAGCUCGCGGAUGUAAAACUAUUUUUGCAGUGGACGUGGGAUCUGUCGACGACAGAACGCCAAUGGAAUAUGGUGAUUACUUAAAUGGUUUCUGGAUUCUUUUCAACCGCUGGAACCCGUUUUCAACUCAUCCAAACGUUCCAAACAUGGCAGAAAUUCAAAUGCGUUUGGGAUAUGUUGCAUCAGUUAACGCUUUGGAGAAAGCAAAAAAUACUCCUGGCGUUUUCUAUGCUCGCCCUCCCAUUGAGGGUUAUGCCACGCUAGAUUUCUCGAAAUUCGAAGAGAUAUACCAAGUUGGAGCUGCUUAUGGAAGUGUCUUUUUCGAAGAAUUGGAAAAGUGCGGUAGGAUGCCAAAAAUUCCUGGUAACGAACAAAUUGACGGUCAUGUAAUGCAGAUGUUACAUAGACGUAACAGUAUAUAA